AUGUCGCCGAAAUGUACAAGCAAACAGCGAUGCUCCCACUGUCGUCGCCUUCAUCAUUUGUUGUUACAUUCCGCGAAUUAUCAAGCAUCGGCCGACGACGACAAGUCGGAAUCGAAUAAGACGAGCGUACCAGCGAUCACAAAAACGAAUACAUCUUGCGUUUUCGAGAAAGCUGCCGUCGCGAGCGUUCAAACCGUGAAACCGCCAAGCGUUACGACCCCCACCGUUCUUCUCGCAACCGCGUGGGUCGACGUUCAUACUGCCGAAGGUAGAUGCUUUAAGGUUCGCGCGCUGUUGGAUCAAGGAUCCAAUUUCAGCUUUAUUUCAGAAGCAUUGUGUCAGACCAUACGUGCGAGGCGACAACGAGCCGACCUACAGAUAAAGGGAUUCAGAGAGAAGUUUACCGGUUCUGCGAAAUCACGAGUAUCAUUGCGGCUGACACCCUACGAUAAGUCAGAUCCCGCGUUUCCUUUUACCGCGUACUUAUUUCAGCGGAUUACGUCUUACGCCGCGUCGCGGAUUCAGCCUGUCGAGUCGUGGCCUCAUUUGAAAGACCUUUCUUUAGCCGAUCCGAACCCGUCAAGUAAACAUCAGAUCCACAUGUUGAUUGGCGCGGACAUUUACGGCUCGCUUUUGAUGCGCGAUUUGCGACAGGGCCCGCUCGGCACGCCCACUGCCCAGUUAACCGCGCUCGAAGCUGCCGUUUUGAACUGUGUCCUCGGUCAAGACGUGGACUCUCUUCUCCAGCAAUUCUGGAUUGAUGAAGAGAUCUCGUCGCCUACUCCUCUCACUGACGAGGAGGAGAAUUGCGAACGACAUUUCGUUCGAACUCAUUAUCGUCACUCCGACGGUCGAUACGUGGUUCGACUGCCGUUUAAGUCAACUCCGCCGAUCAAAAUUGAGGAGUCUCUGUUCAUCGCGCGGUCUCUCUACGGUCGUAUGGAGAAUAGAUUGAAGAAUCGUUCAGACCUUGGCUCGCAAUACAACGAGUUUCUUGCGGAGUAUGAGUCACUCGGACAUAUGACCCGCGUCGACGAGUUAGAACAAACGGAACAUUUACCGGUUUAUAUCCCGCAUCAUCCGGUGAUUCGGGAAGCGAGUUAUACUACUAAGUUACGCGUAGUGUUCAACGCAUCGUGUAAAACUCGGAACGGCACGAUGUUGAACGAUCACUUGUUAAUUGGACCUAAGUUACAGCAGGAUCUUCCUGCCGUUUUGUCUCGAUGGCGAAGAUGGAGCCAUGUUUAUACCGCGGACAUAGCAAAAAUGUUCCGUCAAAUUCGCGUGCAUCCCAAAGACAUAGAUUAUCAACGAAUUCUUUGGCGUCCGACGGAUGACGCGACAAUUCAACAUUAUCGACUCCUCACGGUGACAUACGGUCUCGCUCCGGCGCCAUAUCUCGCCAUGUGCGUGCUCAAGCAACUUGCUCUCGACGAGGGCGCUAAUUACCCUGCCGCGGUUCCAAUCUUAAAUGAGUCCAUCUACGUGGAUGACACUUUGUUUGGAGCGAAUGAUAUUCAGACUUUAACAAAUACGCGCGAUCAAGUGAUAAAUCUUAUGAAGAGCGGAAGGUUUCAAUUAAGAAAAUGGGCGUCCAAUACGAUCGAGCUUCUUAAAGAUUUUUCGACAGAUAAAUCCGAAAUCACCGAUCAUCUCAUUCUAAAUGACGAGUCACUCAAAGUACUCGGUCUUUCAUGGAUCCCUGCUGAAGACUCGUUUCGGCUUGUCGUGAAUUCGACCAUCCCAAUCGCUCCUACCAAACGUUCGAUUCUCUUUUUCGUUGCUAAACUCUACGACCCUCUCGGUUGGGCCGCUCCUGUCGUAAUCGUCGCAAAAAUCGUGUUACAGGAGUUGUGGCUAUUACAUUGCGACUGGGAUUCACCUCUCCCCGACGAGGUGAAACAACGAUGGAGUGACUUCGUUUCCGAAUUUAAUAAAUUGAAAGAAAUUCGUAUUCCGCGAUGGACAGGUCAGCACCCCGAUAAUCUCGUGAUCGAGGUACACGGAUUCGCGGACGCGUCAAACCGAGCCUUCGCUGCCGUCGUCUAUCUUCGCGUAUUGCAUUCUUUAACGGAUUAUGAGAUUAUCUUAAUUGCUGCCAAGACAAAGGUCGCUCCCGUUAAGACCGUGAGCAUACCAAGACUUGAAUUAAACGCGAUAGUACUUUUGAAUCGACUUGUGAAGUGGAUCUUAAAUUCACUUAAUUUAAAUGAUGCUCCAAUCUAUUGUUGGACGGACUCCACGAUCGCGCUGGCCUGGCUACGCCAACACCCAUCUAAGUGGACCACGUACGUGGCGAAUAGAGUGGCCGAGGUGCAAAACAAUUUGCCGUCGGCUAGAUGGAAGCACGUGCCGUCGAAGGACAAUCCCGCAGAUUGUGCUUCUCGCGGCCUACUAGCAUCCGAAUUGCUGACUCAUCCACUGUGGUGGACCGGACCCCCCUGGCUAAAGAGGCCUUUAACAUCAUGGCCGGCCCAUGACGUCGCGAUUCCGCUCUUUUCUGAUGCUAUUCAGAAGAUUUCAAGUGAAGUUAAGAAAUCCCCUGUUCUUCAUAUUGAAGGCUCGGAAGAGUGGGAUUUAAUGUAUAAAUUUUCUAGCUGGACUAAGCUAGUCCGUGUGACCGCUUACGUCCACCGCUUUCUCUCUUUGCUCGUUAAAAAAGGGAAAGAUAAAAUUAGCACCGCGUCGUCACUAAGUGUCGACGAGCUCAAUCAAGCUGAGUUGUUUUGGCUUUCUUAUGCUCAAGCUAGAUCAUUCGGUUGUGAAAUCGCAUCCUUGAAGAAGAAUCUAACUGUCACGAGAAAGAGUUCUCUGAGAACUCUGAAUCCAUUUCUCGGGGAGGAUUCUUUACUCCGUCUCGGCGGGCGGUUAAAAAAUGCCGCUCUCACGUUCGAAGAGCAGCACCCCAUUAUCGUACCACAAGGUCAAAUCGCUUCUCUUCUGGUGGCUUAUGCUCAUAGAGCACGUUUCAUGGCGGAGUGCAACUCGUGCUGCGCACCCUCCGUCAGAGAUAUUGGAUACUGUGCAGCCGAAACGCAGUAA